GGGCUGGCAGCCUUCUGCUCCAUCAAGAAACUUUCCUGGACUUAAGGAGCUCCAAGGACGUAGUGACUCCGACCAGCCGCAGCAGAAAACUCCUCGCGCGGGGACAGCGGUCACUGAGUUGUACUUUUCGGUGCUAAAAUUAUUUUCAUUGAGUUGCCAUAGGGAACCGAGCUAUAUAUUUUUCUCCCUUUUCCCUCUUUUUAAAGGACCAUACAAAGUUCGAGGACUACAAGAAUUAUAUUCAGCCACACUGGCGUGUUUUCAUAGGCAAUUAUUUUGCCGAGCCUACUUUUAAUAAUUUCUUUCAACUUUGUAUUUCUCACGACGCGGACAUGAUUUGGAGUAGGGGCCUAUUACUUUCAUUUGGUUUCCUUCUCUCACCAUUCUGUUUGUCAGCUGGGGCACAGCCGCACAACCAGAGCGGCGUCAGGAAGCUGUACGUGCUCCAACCCGACCCGGGUCCAGGUCCGGGUCCGGGCUCGGCGAUAGCUAACCGAGGGGAUGGGAUGCGAGUCAGCUCCAUUUCAACGCGUCACGGCGCGUCGGGGCUUCCGCACUCUUAUAACGUCGAACUCACCGCUAAGUUGGGCGGCCAGGUCCGGACCCGCCGGAUGGGGAAGCAAGUCUCGACAGCCCAGGAGUCCAUUGUUCGGCACGGCGGUCCGGAGCAGAACCAGCACAGGCAACUUCUCAAGCAGUCUGGAGUGAAUGUCUGUGGGAGCCAGUGCUGUCAUGGAUGGAGUAAAGCUCAAGGAUCCCAGCGGUGCACAAAGCCUAACUGCAUCCCUCAGUGCCAAAACGGAGGAAUGUGCCUCAGGCCUCAGCUCUGUGUCUGCAAGCCUGGCUCAAGCGGCAAGGCAUGUGAGCAGAAGACUGUGCCCACACACACCCUUCCAGCGCAGCCUGGGAAAGGGCCGACCAACGAUCAUAGCACCGGUCACACGAAUGGACACAACGCAGGAGCACAGCGGCCCAUACCUCAGAAAGUACCUCCUCAUGUUUAUGAUCUCCCCCCACCUCAAGCAGACAACAUUGCCCAGAUGAAACUGACUGUCAAACCUUCCCCACAUCUUGUGAGGCCGCAUUAUAUCCAACAACACAUCCAGCAACAAAUCCGGUCUAUGCCCAUGCACCCUGGCCAGCCAUAUAUCAUAAAGCCGAAAUAUUACCAUACACACACCACCCACACGCAGACACACAUCAAACCUCAACUUGAAAGGCCCAUCCCGCUCUCAGUGGCACACAACCCUAUUCACGUGGGCAACCACACGGGAAGGAUCAAGGUGGUCUUCACUCCCACUAUCUGCAAAUUUACCUGUGUGGGAGGUCGAUGUCACAACAACUGUCAGCAGGGAAAUACAACAACCAUCAUUAGUGAAAAUGGCCGCGCCACUGAUACCCUGACAUCACCCAACUUCAGGAUAGUGGUGUGUCAUCUGCCUUGUAUUAAUGGCGGCAAGUGCAGUGCCAGGGACAAAUGUCAAUGCCCUCCAAACUUCACUGGAAAGUUCUGCCAGAUUCCAGUUCAGAACGGACACCAUCAGCCCCAGCAGACAUCAGGCAGCUACAGUCAAACUCAAGUCCAUUCCACACACACAUUGCCCCUGACCUACAGCAAUGGGCAAAGUACUGUAUUCAGCCCCAACAUUGUCAACAUCCACAUCAAACAUCCUCCCGAGGCAUCUGUUGAGGUCCACCAGGUAUCUCAGCUGGAUGACCAACACAGUAAUGGACAAAGUCAAAGAGGUCCACAGUCAGGAUCCUCUUCAUCCUCCAGCUACAGUUUUCAUCACACUGAAAGCCGUCAGCAGGUCCAGCAUCAUGGCUACAACAUUGUCUAUCCGACCCAGCAUGGGGACCAGAUUACUCAGUACCAACCUGUCUCCUCAAAGAACAUGUUGGGCCGCUGCUUCCAAGAAACUGUUAGUAGCCAGUGUGGGAAAGCUCUCCCGGGUCUCACUAAACAGGAGCAGUGCUGCGGGACCAUUGGGACAUCAUGGGGUUUCCACAAAUGCCAGAAAUGUCCAAAGAAACCAUCUAUUCCUCUGAUAGACUGCCCACAGGGUUACAAGAAAAUCAACAGCACUCAUUGCCAAGAUUUUGAUGAGUGCCAGCUGCAGGGAGUGUGUCCAAAUGGAAAUUGUUUGAACACUGUGGGCAGCUAUAGAUGCACGUGUAAACCUGGCUACAUCCCUGACCCCAUGCUCACCACAUGCAUAUCCAACAUACCUGCCAUCCAAGAGGAGAAGGGGGCUUGCUUCCGUUUGAUGAGCUCAGGGAGGCAGUGUUUGCACCCAGUGUCUGCUCAGCUGAGCAAACAGCUCUGCUGCUGCAGUGUGGGCAAAGCCUGGGGACCACAUUGUGACAAAUGCCCCCCUCCAGGAACAGCUAUGUUCAAAGAAAUUUGCCCCGGUGGAAUGGGCUACACGGUUCUCCCAAAUCCACCCAUCAAUAAACCAGUUACGGUCCACCAGACACCUAUUGAUCCACUUAUCCCUCACCCCUUGCCAACACCAGAAAAACCAGCUGUGGCUUUCGGGAAGCCAGAAGAGAUUAUACCAGCAACCACAGCCCCAGAUCAGGAGCUGGUAGGACCCGUGGUUAGUAAUAGGCCAGUCAUUGAUUCCAUACUACCCCAACUUUCUCCAGGUGUAUCCACUGUGAAGAUGAAUGCAGCUUACCCAGAGGUUGUUGAGCAGAGUUCCCCGCCUGUUCCAGUGGAGGUUUUCCCUGCUAAUGCAGGCCAAGACAUUGCACCGACUCAAUCUGCAGAGGUGGAUGAGUGCCAGAUCAACCCUUAUAUCUGUGGCCAGGGGCUUUGUUACAACACAGCCGAAGGCUUCACCUGCCAUUGUAAUGAGGGAUACCGCUUGAGUGAUACACUGACCUCUUGUGUGGAUUUAGAUGAAUGUUUGGAGACCCCAUCUUUGUGCUCCGGUGGUCGGUGCCAAAACACCGAGGGUAGUUUCCUUUGUGUGUGUCCACAAGGAUUCCUUGUUGACGACAUGGGAACCGCUUGUGUAGAUAUCAAUGAAUGCGCAAUCAGCACAGCGUGUCCGUCUGGCAUUUGUAUUAACAUCCCUGGGGGCUACAACUGCGGCUCUUGCCCUCCUGGGUUCUUGGCUCAGGGAGGCCAGUGUGUAGAUAUAGAUGAGUGCCAGGAUCAACGUGUCUGUACCAGGGGCCACUGCAUCAACACUGAAGGUUCCUUCGUCUGUCAGUGUGGGCCAGGUUUCAGCGUGUCUCUCUCUGGUGACCAGUGUGAUGAUGUGGAUGAGUGUUUGGAGGAAGACGAGCCAUGCAAGUCCGUGGGGGAGUGUGUUAACAACAUGGGCUCCUACACGUGUACCUGUCCCCGAGGGUACCAGCAGAUCAACGGCACCAGCUGUAGAGAUGUCGAUGAGUGUCUCGAUGAGCCAGAACUCUGCUCGCCUUAUGGUGAAUGUCUCAACACAGAGGGAUCCUAUCUGUGCGCCUGUGGGAGUGGAUUCACUGCUAGUCUUGAUACGCCGUCCUGUGAUGAUAUUGAUGAGUGUGGACUCAAUGAGACUUUGUGUAGUCCUCAUGGUUUCUGUGAGAAUAGAUUGGGUUCAUUCAGAUGCCUCUGCGACCAGGGCUACCAAGAAAGCCAAGAUGGCCAAAGCUGCACGGAUGUUAAUGAGUGUGAGCUGCUCAGUAGUGUCUGUGGAGAAGCUCAGUGUGUGAACAUAGAUGGUUCCUUCGUCUGCACGUGUCCCAGCGGCCAAGAGUAUAACGUCAUGGUCGCCAGAUGUGAGCCCGUUCCCACAGUGUCAUCAGUCGAGCGAAAAGAAUGCUACUUCCAUCUGAAUGAUGAAAACUUGUGUGAGAGUGUGCUUACAAGCCAUGUCACCCUGCAAGAGUGCUGCUGCACACUGGGAGCCGGCUGGGGUGACAACUGUGAGGUUUACCCUUGUCCUGUCAAUGGCACAGACCAGUUCAACCAGAUGUGUCCGUCUGGAAAAGGAUUUAUCCCAAGUGGAGAUUUGCCUUAUGAAGUCCCGACAGCUGAGAGCUACAAAAAUGCAGACGAGUGCAUGCUGUUCGGUCAGGAGGUGUGCAAAGGAGGCUUCUGUCAGGACACGGUGGGCAGCUACGAGUGUUACUGCAAGACGGGACAAGACUACGACCCUGCCAAACUGGAGUGCAGAGACAUAAAUGAGUGCCUUGAUGAGUCGGUGUGUGUUGGCGCUCAGUGUUUGAACACCGAAGGGUCAUACAUUUGUUUCUGUAAUCACCCUAUGGUGUUGGAUCCCAACAGUAACAGCUGCAUCUUUGUUCCUGAUGUAGCAGACCAACAUGAGGUGGGGCAGAUGGACUUCCAAGGUAUCUGCUGGCAGAAGGUGACAGAAUCCAUGACAUGUACUCUGCCGGUGGGUCACGACAGGAAGACAACAUUCACAGAGUGCUGCUGUCUCUUUGGAGAGGCAUGGGGAAUGGACUGUGCCUUAUGCCCGCCCAAAAACACAGCUGAUUAUGCGUCCAUGUGUAACCUUGCCGGGCGGCAUCCUUACGGCCACGAUGCUCUUGUCGCUGGUCCAGUGGAUGAAUAUGAAGUGAGCCCGGACUAUUCACCAUCACCUGAGGAGCAUCCCGCUUUGCCGUUUUAUGACAAUGAGGAAUACCCAUUCAAGGCAUUCGAGGGCUUGCGAGCAGAGGAGUGCGGCAUAUUGAAUGGCUGCGAAAACGGUCGAUGUGUUCGAGUCCAAGAGGGUUAUACCUGUGAAUGCUUUGAUGGCUACACGUUGGACCCGCCUCGCAUGGCCUGCAUCGAUGUAAACGAAUGUUCGGAACUCAACGAUCGCAUGUCGCUGUGUAAAAAUGCAAGAUGCAUCAACACAGUGGGUUCCUACCGGUGUGUAUGCCUGCCAGGCUUCACUCCCUCUGAAAAACCAAACUAUUGUUUGGAGACAGUGACACGCCAAACAUCGGCACACACACAGUGAGUGUGAAUUGACUGGACUGGGCCAUAAGAGACUGAAACACACACACACACACACACACACACACACACACACACACACACACACACACACACACACACACACACACACACAUACAUACGUACACAUCUCCCGAAAGAGCAUUUUUGAGAAGAGCAGCUUCAAAAAAAGUUCUCAGAUUCAAUCAGCAACAUGAGUGAAAUCUUCCUGGUUUGGUUUCUAGCAAAUUUGCCCAAAUUGCAAAACACUUGAAACAUAUCUGAACAUUGCACUCAUAUGAGUCUCAUUUUCUUUCUGCAUUCCCCAUCUGUUCACUGUGAGUGUGAUGACUGACUUCUUCUAUUUAAUAGAUUUGAAAUAUAUAUAUAUGACAUUUUUAAUACUUAAUGUGGGUGUUUUUGAAUAAACUAAAAUGUAUGAUCUCAUAGGUGGUAUGUUAAUUUGACUAUAAAUAUUACAUUGCCUUCA